AUGUUUCCGUUUUGUCUGAUGACGAUUGGAACUCUGAGACAGUUUGGUUUCUUCAUUCUAGUCCGUCUUCUUGAUUUAGUUAAGUUCUUCUUACCAAUUCUCCCUGAAGUUGAAUUCCCCUAUGAAAGAAUUAGUUUUGAUGAAAGAGUGGUAUUUACCGUUGCAUCAGGGAUUAUCUUCCUUUUUGGUCAAUUACCAAUCUAUGGUUUAGUGGCCAAUGCUCAAUUUAAAAUCAUCGAUCCAUUAUAUAACUUUAGAACCAUUUUCGCCAUGGAAAAGGGUACUUUAUUAGAAUUAGGAUUAUUACCUGCUAUUACUGCUGGUUUUAUUUGGCAAUUAGCUGUGGGAUUAAAAUUCCUUAAUGUUAAUUUAAAUUUAGCUAAAGAUCGUGAAUUAUUUCAAACUGGUCAAAAAUUAACUAGUUUCUUUUUAUCAGUGGUUUAUACUGCUGGAUUAAUCUAUUCUGGUUAUUUUGAUAAUGUUAUUAAUGGUUAUGAUGUCUUAAGUGAUUCAUUACCUUUAGGUUGGUAUGCUUUUAUCUUUGUUCAAAUUGUUGGUUGGUCAUUCUUUACUACUUUAUUAAUUGAAGUUUUCGAUAAAGGUUAUGCCUUUGGUUCUGGUAUUUUAUGUUUCUUAACUUUACAAACUGCAACUAAUGUUAUUAAAGAUUUAGUUGGACUUGAAAUUUUCCCAUUAAUUAAUUCAAAUAAAUCAGAAACUUAUGGAGCUUUAUCAAACUUAUUAAAAAGUUUUACUUCGUUUGAUUUAACUGUUUUAAAACAAAAUAUCAUUAAUGCUUUUACCAGAUCUCAAUUACCAAAUUUAACUCAAUUUUAUAUUUCAAUCUUAAGUAUUUUAGUGGUUAUCUUUUUACAAAAUUUUAGAAUUGAAAUUCCAAUUAGAUCAACUAAAGUUAGAGCUGCUAAUAAUGUUUAUCCAAUUAGAUUAUUAUAUACUGGUGCUUUACCAGUUUUAUUCACUUAUACUGUUAUUAUCAAUAUUCAAAUCUUUGGUUAUUUCUUAGUUAGUAUUUUAACUAAAUAUAAUGUUUCACCAAGUUUAGUGGCUUUAAUUGGGAAAUAUAAUGUUCCAUCAUUUGCUAAUAAUUAUCAAUUAACUACCGGUGUCUUAUUUUAUAUUUCAAAUUCUUCAUCAAUUAUAGCUUCAUUAUUAAGUCCAAUUAAAUCAGUGGUUUAUGUUGCUUUUAGUAUUGUAUUAUCAACUUGGUUUAGUCAAAAAUGGUGUUACAUAUCAGGUUCAGGUCCAAAAGAUACUUCUAAACUUUUUAAAGAUCAAGGUAUAUCAAUUGCUGGUAAAAGAGAUAUAUCAAUCACUAAAGAAUUAUCAAGAGUUAUUCCAGUUGCUGCUGUAAGUGGAGCUUUUUCAUUAAUUGCUUUAGCUUUAGCAGGUGAAAUCCUUGGUGGAUUAGGUAAGGGAGUUUCCAUCAUUGUUGGUGUUAGUUCUGCUUUUGGUAUUUUAGAAGAAUUCUUAUUAGAAUAUCAACAAACCGGAGGUAAUUCUCAAUUCUCAAGUGCUUUUGGAGGAUUAUAA